AUGGCAAACGAGAUCAGCAGCAUAGCCAACCAAAACAGCAGAAUAUACAAGAUCGUCCGUUUUGCACUCCGCAAUGCCUCCCAGGAGUUUGCCAAUCUCGCUGAAGACCGCGGCCGUGAUGCUGAUGCCGUACCGCUUUACCUGUCCGGCUCGAUCGGUUCACUCUUGAGAGUCUCGGCCUGGCCCGCCUGCAGCAUGAGAACGAAGUGUAUGAUCGACUCCACUCGAUCUAAGGAAAACAUGUUCCGCUGGGCCGGCCGGCCUUUGUUCGACUCCGCCAACCAAGCCAUCAGCACAGACGUCGUUGGCAUGGCUGCCAAGGCUCACAAGGACUUGCACAAGCUGGGCAUCCUUCACGGCGAUGCGGAGCCGCGCAACGUAUUACGCGACACAGUGAGUGGCAAUAUCAUGGUAGUGGAUUUCGAGCGGGUAGACUUCCGCUGUCGCCCACCUCUAGGCUCGCUUAGCUCAAACGUGUAUAAAACAGCACGCUCAGAGGCUGCUAUCUAUGCCGCCAAGAUGAUGCAACGUAUCUAA